UUGACAGCAGCCAUUCGUUCGUCGUCAAGUUGAAAACACAAAGCGGUCACAGUGCGAAGAAUUUUGUGCAAAAUUUUGUAAAAUCAUCCAGAAUUCCGUGAACCGAACACGUACACCAUGGUUACCCAAGCAGCCGAACCCGCUCCGGCCAUCCAGGAUGUGGAAAUGGAGAGCCCCGAGGAUGUGGAAGCAGCGAAAAAAGACGCCGAAUUGCUGACGGUACAGGAGAUUCGGGAGCACGCAAGGCAGAUUGACAAGGCGGUCGCCAGCAAGGAACCGCGAUUCAUCCUGCGGGUGUUGCGUUCGCUUCCCAACACCCGGAGAAAGCUGAGCUUGGUGGUGGUUCGAUCGCUGGCGGUACAGCUAUUUCCGGCUGGGGCGGAACGCGAGGGAAUUAUGGCAUACAUUGAGGAGUACCCGGAAGGUAUGCAGGAACCGGAGUUGCCCAGACCAAGAGCUGCAAUUAAAAGCCCGCUGCCAGAGGUUGAUGCAUAUUUCCAUUUGCUGUUGUUGGUGAGACUGCUGGAUAAGAACGAGCUGGCAAAGGCGGCCAAGUGUUCCCAAGACUUGAUGGCCAAAAUAGUGGGACAGAACCGGAGGUCUUUGGAUUUGAUCGCCGCUAAGAGCUAUUUCUAUCAUUUGAGAGUGGCCGAGCUGAAUGGAGAUUUGGAGAGCAUCCGGGGAUUCUUGCAUUCAAGACUGAGAACCGCUACGCUGAGGAACGAUUUCGAAGGUCAGGCGGUGUUGAUCAACUGCCUGUUGCGGAACUAUUUGCAUUAUUCGCUUUACGAUCAAGCGGACAAACUGGUCAACAAAUCCGUUUUCCCGGAAACUGCUAGCAACAACGAAUGGGCUCGUUUCCUGUACUAUUUGGGUCGCAUCAAAGCGGCCAAGUUGGAUUACAGCGCCGCUCACAAACAUCUGGUGCAAGCUCUACGCAAGGCACCUCAGCAGGCAGCCGUUGGUUUCCGUCAAACCGUUCAGAAGCUGGUGAUCGUUGUGGAGCUACUGCUGGGAGAUAUUCCGGAGCGCCAGGUAUUCCGCCAGGCCGCUCUUCGUCGUUCCCUUGGCCCCUACUUCCAGCUUACGCAGGCCGUCCGCAUGGGAAACCUGCAGCGCUUCGGAGAAGUUCUGGAAAACUUUGGCGAUCAGUUCCGCCAGGAUCACACCUUCACCUUGAUCAUCCGUCUCCGACACAACGUCAUCAAAACGGCCAUCCGUUCGAUCGGCCUAUCCUACAGCCGGAUCAGCCCCCAAGACAUCGCCCGUAAGCUUGGGCUCGAUUCCCACGAGGAUGCCGAGUUCAUCGUGGCCAAGGCGAUCCGUGACGGAGUCAUCGAGGCCACCCUCGAUCCGGAGAAGGGCUACAUGCGCAGCAAGGAGAGCACCGACAUCUAUUCGACCCGGGAGCCGCAGCUGGCGUUCCACCAGCGUAUAAGCUUCUGUCUGGAUUUGCACAACCAGAGCGUCAAGGCCAUGCGAUAUCCGCCCAAGUCGUACGGCAAGGAGCUGGAAAGUGCCGAGGAGCGUCGCGAACGCGAACAGCAGGACCUGGAACUGGCCAAGGAGAUGGCCGAGGAGGACGAUGACGGUUUCUAAGCAGGGAGGAUGAUGGCGACUGCAGUGCUUCUGUAAGUUGAGCAAGAAUUAUAUACUUAUUGCGUACGUUUGAAUUUACCUAAAUUGAUCAUUGAUAACAAUAAAAAUACAAUAUUAGUGGAA